AUGAAUAUUCUACACUACAGCCCAGAGCAAAGUGGCAUUGGUCAAUUUUCCAACGAAUUUCAGUUUCAAAGUCAAACAUCACCUUCAAACAGCACCUCCUCGUCGGAAGGCUCGGAUCAACAACAAACGCUCGCCGACUUUGUGGAUUCGGCAAUUUUCAUGAAUAACUGGAGUGGUGUCGGAGAGUUUUCCGACGUUGAGGAGGAUAUUAAAAAUGUUUUGAACCCUAUUGGAAGCCCUGAUGAGAUAAAAGAAGUUGUUGCUUUCCAUCACUUGCCGCGCAAUGUUUGCCCUACGAUUUGUGCUGUUUGUGGAGACAGAGCCACUGGAUAUCACUACGAGGUUCCAUCGUGCAAUGGGUGCAAAACAUUCUUCCGACGAACAGUCCUUUCUCAGCGGAAAUAUGAGUGUAUGCGUGGUGGAAAAUGUUUCAAUACACUUCCAAAAGAAAAACGAUGCUCCUGUCGAUCAUGUCGAUUUCAAAAAUGUGUAGAAGUUGGGAUGAAUCCAUAUGCUAUCCAAACGAAUGAUUCAUUAUCCGGAAACACCGUUGUCACGAAAAUUGUAGGAAAACGAAAGAAUUCUACUGACGAUUCAAUUCCGUCAACUUCCAAGAUGGUUGUGCCGACGGAAGUUAUUUCAAUGGAUAAUGCAAUUGAUAAAUUGAUUGAUGGAUUGGUUUAUCUUGAACUGAAAGUUGACGACUUCCGUAGCUGUGCUUAUAACCCACCCAGCUCAGAAUACAAACAACUGAAAUUUCUCCUGGAACAGCAAUCAAUGAUUGGAUUGGUUGACAGAAUUGGGCCAAUGCCUAAUUGGCCGCUACGACAAAUUAGUCACGAGGAAAUAAAAGCGCACCACAAAAGCGGAAGCAAAAUGCCAAUCGCACCUGAGAGGAAAAAUUGGUUUGUGUACGAUAUACUGACAUCUGUCGAAUACGCUAAAACUUUUAUGUUUCUACACCAAAUUGGAAAAGAAGAUCAGGUUCUCCUUUUAAGAGCUGUAGUGCUAAAACUGAUGCAUCUCAACCAAGCUUUCUAUUCAUAUGAAAAAAAGUUUGAUGUAAUACUUCAUCCAGAUGGAACAAUCCCUCCGCAUUUGGGCGACAAGAAUUGGCAUCCACACAAAGAAUUACAUUUACCUCACAACAAAACACCUGAAGAAAUGCGGGAAGAAUGGACCGCUGCCAUCAAAGCGUUUGCAACAUAUGGUUUAGACAAGAAGGAAUAUGUACUGUUCAAAGCAAUAACAUUGUGCAAUGCUACUAUCACCGGUUUGAGUGAACACGCCAAGGAAGUGGUCACUCGUGAAAAGGAAAAGUAUAGUCAAGCACUGAUGCGUUAUUGCUUAGCCAAUCGAGGAAUGAAAGGACCUUCUCAUUAUGCUUCUAUUAUUGCACUCAGCAACGGAUUAGAAAGUCGACAGAAAAAUCAAAAAGAUAUGCAUCUUAUUCUUAGAAUGGUGAAGAAAGGAUUUAGCCAGGAGCUUGUUGAUGAUGUCAUGGAAGAAGUCUUAUAA